UGGUCUCCAGAAUCUGGCUCCAGAAUCUCCUGGUCUCCAGAAUGAAAGGCUCUGGUCUUCCCCUCUGCCUUCUUUCUGCUGUGUUUUAUGUCUUCUGGACACCUUCUGCCAGGCUGAAGACACUCCAUUUGGGAAGCUGUGUGAUCACCACAACUCUUCAGGCAAUUCGAGGUGGAUUUUCAGAGAUACAGGACAGACAACCCAAAGAUGAAAUCAUUGACCUCAGAAUCUUGAGGAAGACUCAGCCUUUGCAAGACACGAAGCCUGCAGGUCAGUGCUGCCUCCUCCGCCAUAUACUGAGACUCUACCUGGACAGAGUAUUCAAAAACUAACAGACCCCUGACCACCGUAUCCUCCAGAAGAUCAGCGGUCUCGCCAACUCUUUUCUUACCAUCAAGAAGGACCUCUGUCUCUGUCAUGCCCAUAUGACAUGCCCUAGUGGGGAAGAAGCAAUGGAGAAAUACAGCCAGCUUAUGAGCCACUACGAAGAGCUUCAGCCUCAGGCAGCAGUGGUGAAGGCUUUGGGGGAGCUAGACAUUCUCCUGAGCUGGAUGGAGAUGGACUAGGAAGAAAGUGAUGCUUCUGAGAGUAUUCUGGGCCCAGACUCCCAGCCCUCAGUACCCAGGAGGCAUGACCCCAAACCACCAUCUCUUUUUGUAUAAUUUAGUGCUGGUCACUGUGUAUAUUAUUUAUUUAUUAUUUGUUUCCUUAUUGUGAUUAUCUUCAUGUGUUCCUAUUCUUAAUCUAGAGUUUUAUCAGAUUUUAAUAAGAUCUUUUUUACUGUUGAGUGUAUUUAUUAGCUAAUAUAUUUAUUUCUGCUAUUUAACUUAUUUAUUUUUAUAUUUGAAGAUGAGACUUUUAAAAACAAUUCACAGAUUGUAUUUAUAGCCCAACUAGAGCAGGUUUUUCGUAGAGUAAACAAACCUUCUAAAUUCUAGAGGAGUGGCUAGAAUUUUAUUAAAUUAAGGACAUGUUUACUGACCACCAGUGUUUUAAGAGAUACUUAAAACUGAACCAAUGACUACUAAGCGUGGGUUGUGGAAGAAGAACUUCUGAUGUGAAAUUACAGGCUUGUCUUACAAUUACUGACCACCCCUACUCAACUCCCAAACCCCAGACUUGUGUAUCUUCCAUUUAUGGAAUCCUCUGGGGCCAGAAUGUAUUUUUACAAAUAAA